ACCGGGAAAUUCAGCACAGGGAAAUUACAGGCGCGCAUGCGCAGUCGUGUACACGUGUCGCGGUCGCAGUAUCGGUUUCAUGUUGAAGUUCGAAUUUGAGGCAGAUGCGGAGAAGUAGAAAGUCAGUCCUGGGGGCUUCUGUUUAAUGAACAUCAUCACGUCGGAUAGCAGCAUGAUGGUCAUCUCACCCGAAAAGGUCCUUAGGCGUGAGCUGAGCAACCUGAGCAAGCGCAUGACUUCCUGCAUGGUGCAGCAGAUCUCUGAUUGCCUGUGCCGCUCGCAAGCUCUGACUGACUACGAGGUGCAGGUGAUCCGUGCUGGGGCCACGGACAUGAAACAAGCAGUGUGUCUCCUGCAAACGCUUCUGCUCAAGGGCCGCACACCAUGUCUGCAGUUCUUCCAGUGUCUGAACGCAUGCAGCCCAUCACUCUUCAACACCGUCACCAGAGGCUCGGUGGAGGUUAAUGAUGAGGCUCACCAGCAUGUGGAGAAGUCUACGUUUUCAGAGGCACCUGAAACUGGUCCUUUGUGUGUCAUAAACAUUAACAAUUCCUCGCUGAGGAACUGCAUCAUCGGAAGCAAUAAUAGCUUGUGCUGUCUUCUCACUCAGGCUGAUGUCAUUCACGAUGCAGUAGAGCCUCCACAGGAGAGUCACAGGAGAUCACCAAACCCCACAGAGGCUCCUAAUGUUCAGGUGGAGAGCUCCAACGUAGAGUAUGUCAUCAUAGGAGACAACAACUAUAUGAACAUUGAAAGCAGUCUGGACUCUGAACAUCAGGAAGAAACAGAGAGUGUGUCAGAGGAUUUAGAGGAGUGAAAAGGUCAAGAUUGAGGCCACAGACUGUACAGGAAAUAUAUAGGUUCCUCAGUGGCGUCAUAAAAUACCUGUCAUCAUGUGCAAAGACUCUCAGGUGAAACUCAGUUCAAAACCAGUCAUGGUUUCAAACUGAAGUGCAAGUAUACACAAUUGUGUGAUUGAAUCUAAAAUGCCUAAGUGUAAAUGCUGUUUUAUAACUAUCUGGAUUUGAUUAUAUCAGCGUUUAGGAUUUAUUUGUUUUCUUGUUACAGACCGAUUUUGUUACAUUUUAAUAAGCUACACGUUACUGCUUUUAUUCAUUUUUAUGUUUCAUCCAUGAUGAAACAUUUUAUAUUUAUAUAUACAAAGUUAUUUAUUAAGGUUUGUAAAUAUUUACGUUUUAGUAAAAAUAAAAAUAUCAAUGAAAAUGUA